AGCCCCAUUUUUGUAAAAAGAUCUUUGAAGGAUCCAGUGGUGCGAUGGAGGUGGAGAGUGCCAAAAAUGUAUUAGCUCGAUCUGUUGCUACUCGGAAUGUACGAUAUAAGAAUUAUCUGGGAGAUGGGGUCAGUAAAGGGUCUCAGUCAGUAGUGAAUUCUCAACCAUAUGGAAAAGAUUUCAAAAUUGAGAAGUUGGAGUGCGUCGGCCAUGUACAGAAGCGUGUUUGGGGAAGGUUACGAAAGAGCAUGAAAGGGCAAAAGUUGAGCGAUGGCCUGAAAAUUGGUGGGAAAUCAGGGAGGCUGACUGACAGUGCAAUAGAUUCAUUGCAAAAUUAUUAUGGUCCUGCCAUCAGACGCAACACAAAUGAUUUAGAAAAAAUGAAAAAAGAAAUAUGGGCAACAUUCUUCCACAAGCUUUCGACAGACGACAAUCCCCAACACGAGCUGUGCGAUGUGGCAUGGUGCAAAUAUAAGCAAGCUGAAAAAGAAAGACAAGCUUAUAAACAUAAACACUCAUUAGACAAAGCUGUAUGUGAAAUCAUAAAACCAACGUAUAAAGAUUUGGCAAACCCUGAUCUUCUGCGCAAGUGUUCACAUGGUAAAACACAAAAUGUAAACGAAAGUUUCAAUUCAGUCCUAUGGACAAGAAUACCCUAAAUCAACUUUGUAGGGACCUCUACUUUGAAGUUUGGCAAUUAUGAUACUAUAAUAACAUUUAAUAAUGGAAACGGGUAGAAUUAAAGUGCUCAAUGAACUAUGUGUAAAAGUUGGAAGUAACUGUGUAAAGACCUUCCAAAACAUCGACAACAUGCGUGUGGAGAAAGCAGACUAUGCAGCUUUACCGGAGACUAAGGAGAGAAGAAAAAGGUUAAGGAUGGCAAAGAAGAAGCUUCUGGAUACAGAAAAGGAACAGGAAAAUAGUUAUCGACCUGGAAUGUUUUGAUUAUGAAUAAAAGUAUCUAACAGUUUUAUUCCUACACAGAUUACCGAAAACAAAUUGGCCCACAUUAACACGUUCAAUGCUGAUGACGCCAGUUGGCGUCACACGGAACGUGCCUUGUAUGCUGAUGACGCCAGUUGGCGUCACUCCCACCUUUUUGCAAGCCAAAACUUGUAGCCAUAUUAUCCUGUCUUAUCAGUCAGUAAGUGGUUGUUUUUCAGAGUGAUUACUCGUGUAAUAAGUUAUACUUAUUAGUUUAAGUGUUCGUUUUGAGUUUAAAUUAUCAGUGCGUAAAUAAAUAUAUGUUAUAAUGAGUUAUAAUAUGCCGAGUACCUCUCGUGAAACCCAAGAUAUGACAAUAAGUGAAAUUGACCGCGAGUUGAAUUCUGACACGGAAUCUGAAGCACUGAGUAGUGGUGACACUUAUAUUCCCGGGGAAAGUGAUUGGGAUUUAGAUAGCUGUGGUAAUGACACCCAGGAAGAUGAACAGGAUGGAUCAGUUCAGACGCUUCCAUCACCUACUGUUCCAGCUACGGUUGCUCCCAUUGCCAUUGCCAGUGCAGUCCAAACUACACAAGGUAGGAGAAGAGCUGAUUUACCUCAGUUAGUAUGGAAUGACAAUCCUGCUUUGAAAACUUUUAUAUUUAACCAACCUACUGGUCUUAAGGUUCCAAUACCGGGUAAUAAUAAGCCUAUGGAUUAUUUGACAUUAAUUUUAGAUGACGUUAUGCUGCAAUCAAUUAUUAGGGAAACUAAUAUAUACGCAGAAGAAGUAUUUCUUUCUAGUUCCCAUGCACAACACUCACGCAUGAGUUACUGGCGAGACCUAAAUAUCCAAGAGCUAAAGGUAUUUUUGGGCCUCUUUCUACAUACAGGAAUAGUAAAAAUGCCAAGACUAGAGAGUUAUUGGAAAAGAGAUGAACUGUUCCAAACUUGUUUUGGGAAACACAUGUCACGUGAUCGGUUUAUGGGUAUUUUACGUUGCCUUCACUUUGCCAAAGUAGAUCAAGAUAGUACUGAUCGACUACAGAAAGUUAGGCUCCUGAUAGACCAUUUCAAUAACAAAAUGCUUAACAUUUAUACAUCAAAAAGAGAACUGUCCAUUGAUGAGUCGAUGAUCCUGUGGCAUGGUCGCCUAGUCUUUAGACAAUAUAUAAAAAACAAAAAACACAAAUACGGUAUAAAGUUUUAUCUUCUUUGUGAACCUAAUGGACUUACAAUGAAGUUCUGUAUAUAUUCUGGAGCUUUGGAUGAGUUAGGUGGUGUGGGACACACUGAAAAAGUAGUACUGCAUCUACUAAGAGAACGUCUGAACGCAGGCCAUUCAGUUUAUGCAGAUAAUUUUUAUAACAGUGUCAAUUUGACUAAACAGUUGUUACAACAAAGAACGUACAUAACAGGGACUCUGCGUGUAGAUAGGCAACAAAAUCCAGUAGAAGUUGUCCAAGCUAAACUCAAGAAGGGUGAAACAUGUGCAAAAUAUCAUGAAGGAGUUGUAGUUGGAAAAUGGAAGGAUAAGAGAAACGUUCUAUAUAUAUCCAGCCAAUUUGAAAAUGAGAUGAACGUGUCAGUAAAUAAACGAGGAGUAGAAAAACAAAAGCCUCUUCCAAUAAUAGAAUACAACAAGUAUAUGAGCGGCAUAGAUAGGUAGGAUCAGAUGCUUAGUUAUUAUCCAGCAGAAAGAAAAACAAUCCGCUGGUACAAAAAGGUAUUUGUGCACAUUUUACAAAUGGCAGUUUUGAAUGCUUUUUUACUGUUUCGUCAAAACAAUAUUGGAGAUAAAAUGACAUUGUUGACAUUCAGACUUGACAUAAUAAGGAAUCUUUUGAAUGCCGCAGACAACCAGCCGUUGCCCCGUAAUAUGCCAAAUAUUUCCGAACACCAACCGACAAAGCUCCCAAUGGGAUAUAAAGGAAGAAGGCUACGAAAACGUUGUGUAAUGUGUUACAGUAAAGGUAUUCGUAAAGACACAAUAUACCAAUGUGAGGUGUGCGACAGUAAACCUGGCCUAUGUCUGGGUGACUGUUUUAUAAAUCACCACAAGUAAAAGUAUAAAAGUGUCAAUGUAUAUAGUGUAAAUAUAAACUUGUUGUGAAUAUUAUAUUUUGUAAAGAAUAAAAACUAUGGAUACAAGGUAAGUACCCAAUACAUUUAUCAAUACUUAUAUUAUAAUUCGAGUUAGUUUCGUAAAAACAAGAACGACGCCACUUGGCGUCAUCAGCAUAUCCCAUCAAAACCAGAUGCCAUAUGCUGAUGACGCCAAGUGGCGUCAUUUAUUAUUUUUUACAUUAUAUUGCUAAUUUUUGAAUAAAACAUUUCGUGAACAUGUACAUAAUAAAUCAAGAAAUAAUAAACAUCCAAAAAUAAAAUAAAAUAUUUCAGCAUUUGCACAAUAAUGGAUUUCCAUGUCAGCAGUGAACGUGUUAAAAAAACAUAAAAAAAGUUUUUACAAAAAUAUCAAGAAAAGUAUAUUUUUAUUCAAAAACGUUUCAGACCAUUUCAAUUGAAUUAGUUGUAGAUGGUCGUGGAUAUAGCAUAUGUUGAUCAUGUAUAUGAUACAAUGGUUUAAUUCAAGCAAUAUGUUUCUGCUAUUACUUUAUCUGUGGUCUGGUUGUGCAUUCCAUUGGUAAUGGCUGAAAGCACCGACGCCAAAAGCGUGUUUCAACGUUUUUCUUUUUGUUAAUUAGAGUACAUUUAUAUUAGGAUGUUGUGUAUAGUAAAGAUGGGAACCCAACGAUAAAUUAUCUGUAAUUUGUUGGGACCCAAGAUUGUAAAGGUUUAUUACAAAUAAAUUUCUUGAUUUCUUCAAAUUAUACUUUACCUCAACUAUUAUUCACCUAAUUUUUAAUACUUUUGAAUGUUUCAGGAGAGUGAUGAUAUGUCGGCUUUCCAUGUUAAGAACAAAACCACUUUAUUAAUCUUGAAAAAGUAUCCUGAACUUGACACUGUGCUGCCUAUAAAUUCUGACAAAGCAACUGAGAAGGAAAAUAUUGAAGUUGAUGAGUCAGUUGCGGGAACAAAAUCAGUCUCCACAGACUCUGAAAUUGUCGAGUUAAAGCAACCACUCAUUCCUCAAGAUGUAAUGCUUAAUACGAGUAAUUUUGAAGAGAAUCCUGGUGAUAAGAAACUGAUUUGGAAUACUCUAACUCCACAAGAUGGCAUCAGGAGAUUCACUUGUGAAAUGUGUAGUAAGAGCUUUAUUAACAAGAAGAACCUAGUUGACCAUCAGCCCAUUCACUCUGGUGUUCGGCCCUUCGUCUGCGAUAUCUGUGACAAAUCAUUCACAUUCAAGAGCAGUUACAUGGACCACAAGGAAAAGACACGACGAAGUAAAGCCCUUUCCCUGUCAGAAGUGCAGUAACAGUUUCUUCCCUGCACCGACUGUGACAAAAUAUUCUACUAACAGAUUGAUCAAGCUAAGCAUAAAAUUGUUCAUUUAGGCAUUCGACCCUUUAAAUCCACUAUUAGUGAAAAGUCAUUCCUUGGAAAGCACUCUCUAGUUGCCCACAAAAAGACACAAAUAGGUGUGAAACCCUAUGUUUGUGAUGUGUGUGGAAAAUGUUUACCACAAAAAGUGAUUUUGUUGCUCAUAAAUAUCCUAAAUUGUAAAAUAUCAUAAUUUGAUUCAUUCACUUAUGAAGUAUUUUACAUAACUCAGUAAGAUAAUUUUUAUUCAAGGAUGUUGGAGUUCUGUGUAUUUAAUACCCAAACUUGUGUUAAGCAUAACUUUGUGUUACCCAAACUAUUUGUGUUAAGUAAAUGGAAUCAAAAAUGUACUUUUGAAUGUUAACAAAUUUACUACUUAAAUAAAAUAUUGAAUUUUAAAA